GUCAUCACUGAGCUCGUUUCUUGCAGGGGCUAGACCACUAAAUAAGUCACUGGGAUAAAGCAUGAAUAUUUUGCUUGGAGGAGUAGGAUUGACAAAGGGCAAUGGGAGGAGGUCCAGGCCAAGGAAAUUUGUGAGGGCCUUAAAAGGGAGCCCUAGUAGUGCAGUGAUUAAGAGCUGGGCUGCUAACCAAAAGGUCAGCCAUUCGAAUCCACCAGUCACUUCUUAGAAAUCAUAUGGGGCAGCUCUACUCUGUCCUAUAGGGUGGCUAUGAGUUGGAAUCUUCUCUAAGACAACUGCUUCGGUUUUUUGGUUUUGAUCCAAAAGAGAAUAGGGAGUGGUCAAAGACAGAGAAUAGGAAGUGGUCCAAAAGAGAGAGUAAGAAGUAGUCAAAGACAAGGAACAGGGAGUGAUAUUGGUGGAACCAGGAUAAGGGUCAUGUAUGAGGCCUUAGUGAGUAGGGAGUGGUCAAGGACAGAAAGUAGGGUGUGGUAAAAGAACUGAAACACAUCAUCUGGAACCUAGAAAGCUGUGCAAGAUGGGCCUGGAGAGGUGGGCUGGGUGUGGUCACUGGGGACAUUGUAAACCACAGUGAGGGCCUUCAUCCUAAAGGGAGCCAUGAAAAAGCUCUAACAAGGUGUGGCAUGGCCACAUUUGCCUUUCUCUCAGGAGCACUACAGGAAGCUCAACCGUCGGCUGUUGGAGAGAAGGGGGCAGUGGCACUGAAAGACCUCCAGGCUGGUCAUGGCCCUGAGUCCAGGAGUUAGUCUGACUCUCCGUGAAAACUCAAAGAUGACGCCAAGUCUCAACGCCAGUGAGGCCCCUGUUUUAGGCUCUGGCACUGUCUCUGUGCCCAACCCAGAUGUGGCCCUUGUUCCUACCUUGAAUCUACCCUUGAGUUCUGGCUUGGCUCUUGUUUCAGACCUUAACCCAGCUCUGAGUCCUGUCUCAGGGGAAACCCCUGGCCUGAUGUCUGAUAGCACCCCCAGACCUGGGGACACUAAAGCCCCGGUUCCAGCCUCCCUCCAGACUCCCAGUUCCCACCCUGCUGAGGCUGUGGGCUCGGAUUCGAACCACAUCUCAAAGCCUGACUCCUGUGGGCCCCUUUGUCCAGCCUCAAAUCUCAUCCUGAGCCCUGGCUUUACUGAGGCCCCUGAUCUAAGCUCGGACAACCACUCUGGGCCAAAUUCUGAGGAGACCUUCAAUGCCCUCUCAAGCAAGGUUUUUGGUUUGGGUCAGAGUAACUCCAAUCCUUCCAGGCCUGAAUCAAACCCAUUUGUAAGGCCCCAUUCAAAAGAGGCCCUGGUGAUGGGCCACAGCGUUUCCAGGCCAGGCUCAAAAGCAGUUCUUAUUCCAGCCUUAAGCACUUCUCUGGAUCCUGACUCAGGAAAUGUCUCUAUACUGGAUCUGGAUGCCACUCCAGGGACCCCCAUCCCAGACACAAGUGAAACCAUCACUUUGUCUUCCCAUAACAUCUCUGAGUCUGUUUCUAAAGGAGCCUUGGAUGCAACCUGGAACACAAGCUCCAGGGGCACCAUCAAUGUGGUUUCAAAUGUCAACCCCAGAUCUGAUUUGAACGUGACCUUCACUAAGGUUUCAUGCAUGACCCUGAAUCCCUGCUACACUGACGGUAUCAGCCUGCACUCCAGCACCCAUGGGCCCAACUGUGCCCUCUUUCCAUCCUCGUGCAUGACCCUGGUCCUGGGCUCCAAUGAGACCCUGAGCAUGGGCUCCAGCCUCCUCUUCAGCGACACCUCCACCCUGACUCUGAGCAGUCAGCCAGAUUAUUCCGAGGACAACAGCAUUCGCACCAUACCCCUGGAUGAAAAUCUGGACGGCUGGAGCGAGGCGACCAAUGUUGAGGCAGGCAAGUUCCCCCUGGGGUUCUCCACCUCUGACACCAAGGAUAAGGAUACCACGGUCUUCCAAAACAUCCCUGAGGGAAUCUUCGAUGAGGUGCUCUCUUGUCUGGUGAAGAUGCCUGGGAAGAGAGAGGAUGAAAGCAACAUGGCUCUGGUCGAGAAUGGCCUCACCAUCCAGAAGGGUCAGAAUCUGCUGGACUCAGAAGGAGAGAAGAAGAUCCUGAUGCAGAAGAUGAUGAAGCAGAUCCAAGAGGAGCCACUGGAUUCCCUCUCGAGCAGUGUUCGCCGGCAGGCCAUGGAGACCCUGACCCAGCUGAGUCACAAGCAGCCAGUCCUGGGGUUGCGGGAGAGGUCAGAGCUGGUGAAUGUGUGCGUGAAGAGUGUGUUCUCCUUGCCCUCUGUGCAGGCCAUGCAAGAGAGAGAUGAAGCCAAGGCUGAGGCCAUACAGGUACUUUAUCAUCAGACCCUGGACGCCCUGCAGACACUGCUCAACGCCCUCUUUGUUGAGGACCCCACUCCUGCUGGGCUGAAGAGCAUCUUGGAGCCCCUGGGGCCCUGGAUGAACUCUGGGAAAGCCCAUGAGAGAGCGCGGGCUGUAAACAGCAAUGUCUCCGUGUUGAACCACACACUUCUGACUCUGCCUUUCUUUAUGUCCUCGGGGUUCCCGGCACUGGGGCUUCUGCUGGGGAGGCUCAUCCUUCGCAUCGGGGAUCCUGACGAGGAGAUCGGCCGGGAAGCUCUGGACGGCAUCACCAUCCUUUACACCAUUCUGGAGCUCCAAAAGAGAGCCAGAGACAAGGAGCAGACCAACAAGAUGGACCUCUACGAGAGCAACAAGCGCUUCCUGGGGCCCUAUAACCCCGUCAGCCCGUGCCAGAACAUCCUGCGUGUGAUCGCGGAAUUUGGGGACUUCCUGGGACCCCAACAGGUAAAGGACCUGCUGCUGGCAGCCCUGGAAGGGUUGAAGAGUGGCUCAGAGGCUCUUGGGAAGGACUCGGGGGAGAUGAUGCAGCUGGCUUCGGAAGUCACGCUCAGCUCGGUGCUGGAGUGGUACCGGCACAGGGCGCUGGAGGUGAUCCCGGAAAUCAUGCAGGCCAUCUACGUGCAGCUGAGCCACAUCCAGGAGCCACGGGCCCGCGAGGUGGCCCUGCUGCCUGUCUCCCUUCUGGCCAGCUCCUUCAUGACUGAGGUGGUUGUGGCCCUGCUCAUGUGCCCCCUCCCACUGGACAGCAAUGGAGCAGAGAUGUGGAGGCAGCUAAUACUGCGCAAGCCCAGCUGUGAUGUCCGAGACCUCCUGGAUCUACUGCUGACCAGCCUGAAGGAGAAGCCUGUCACUAAGAAGGGCCGGGCCUCCAUCGUGCCCCUAGCGGCAGCCAGCGGCCUGUGUGAGCUCCUGUCUGUCAACAGCUGCAUGGGUCGCGUAAGGCGAAUCUACCCCCAGCUGCUCCUGGCCCUGCUCAUUCAAGUCCACUACCACAUCGGCCUCAACCUGCCUGGCCGUGUGUCCUCCCGCAAGGACACCAAUAAGGAUGCACAGCUGCCUGCCUUCGUACCUGUCCGCUGGGUGGUGAAAGUGGUGAAAACCCUGCUGCUGAAGAUGGGUUGCUCCUAUGAGGCCACCUUUCUGGAGGACCAGGGCGGCUGGGACUUCUUGGAGCAGGCUGAGAACCACCACCGUGGAGUGUCCUUGCUGGCAAGGGCUAUGGUGCACUACUCCUGCCAGGAGCUGUGCCGCAUUCUCUACCUGCUCAUCCCACUCCUGGAGCGAGGCGACGAGAAGCACAAGAUCACCGCCACCGCCUUCUUCGUGGAGCUCCUCCAGAUGGAGCAGGUACGGCGGAUCCCUGAGGAGUACUCUCUGGGGCGGAUGGCGGAAGGCCUGAGCCACCGCGACCCCAUCAUGAAGGUGCUGUCCAUCCGUGGCCUGGUCAUCCUGGCCCGCAGGACUGAGAAGACAGCCAAGGUGCAGGCUCUCCUACCCUCCAUGGUAAAGGGCCUGCAGAGUGUGGAUGGGCAGCUGGUGGUAGAGGCAGUCCACAGCCUCAAGACUAUCUUCAAGGGGCAGGACCGGAAGCUUUCGGACAGCUCGGUCUAUGUGGAGAUGCUGCAGGUCCUGCUGCCACACUUCAGUGAUUCACGAGAGGACGUACGCUGCUCCUGCAUCAACCUGUACGGGAAGGUGGUCCAGAAGCUGCGGUCCCCAUGCACCGCGGCCAUGGAGGAGCAGCUCAUCAGCACCUUGGUGCCCCUGUUGCUGGUCAUGCAAGAGGGCAACGCCGAGGUGAGCCAGAAAUGUGUGAAGACCCUGUUCCGCUGUUCUUGCUUCAUGGGUUGGGAGUUGCCAAAAAGAGCUUACAGCCGGAAGCCCUGGGACAACCAUCAGCAGACAGUGGCCAAAAUCUGCAAGUACCUUGUGAACAUUCACGGAGACAGUGCCUCCAAGUUCCUCAGCCAGAGCCUGGAGUAUGCCAAGAACUCCCGGGCCUCCCUCCGGAAGUCCUCAGUCAUGUUCAUAGGGUUCCUGGUCCCCUGUAUGGAGAGCAUAAUGACAGAAGAUUGUCUGAAUGAAGUUAAAGCCGCUCUGGAAAACUUGAGACAUGACCCAGAAGCAUCAGUGUGCAUCUGUGCGGCCCAGGCCCAGGACCACAUCCUGGCCAGCUGCUGGAGGAACUCCUGGCCGCUGCCACAUGGAGAUUCUUGGGUGUGCGACCCAGCCACCACACACCGCUGGAGCCCCAGCUGUGAGAACCUGCCCACUUCCCACCAGCGACGCUCCUGGAUCAUGCAGGCACUGGGCUCCUGGAAGAUGUCCCUGAAACAGUGACGUCCCUGAGCCCCUAGCCCUCCUCGGGGUGGUCACAGCCCCAGCCAUGCUCCAUAUAAAUCCCACAUGGCUUACCUUUUCCUCCUGAGUGUUCCUCAUUGGAGAGGUCUGGGCCCAACCAGCCUGCCAGGAGGGCAGAGCCCUUUCCCACCAUCACUUUGAGAUGAGCGUGGCCUUCGUUCAUUGACUCAGUCAGCACUCACUGGCUCACGUAGGCUGUUUGUCCACCUUUCAUAAGUGAGGCAGCUGAGACUCAGAGAGGUGAAGUGACUGGCCCAUGGCCAUGCAGUAAGUAGGCUGGUGUCUCAGUCCUCCACACCCUCCCUCCCCCGGACUCCAAAGGCAAUUAUCAAAACAAAAGGAGAUGAUGAUUUUGGUGAGCUUUGGGAGAUCUCUGAGUCCCAUCUUUAAGUCUUUGCCCAGAGAUUGGCCACAACUCAUUUGGGCAAUGUUUACUGAGUACUUACCCCAGGCCAGGUAUUCUCUGGGUGCUAGUGAUACAGACAGGAAGGAGACCCAACCCUGGGCCCCGAGUUCAUAGUCUAAUACAGUGAUUCUGAACCGAGGGGGGAUAUCUGGAGAUGUUUUUGGUUGUUAUAACUGGGGAGAGGUGGAGAGUUGCUAUUUGCAUCUAGUAAGCAGAGGCCAAGAAUGCCGCUACACAUUCUACUAUGCACAGGACACAUCCCACAACAAAGAAUUAUCCAGCCCCAGAUGUCAAUAGUGCUGAGACAAUGAAGUCACAAAUAGCACAGCAGGACAGUGCAGUAAUGAGGGGAGGCAUGGGUUUGUGGAGUCCAGAGAAGGUACAUAGCCCAGCUGGGGUCUAGAGUAUCAGGGAAGGCUUCCCAGAGAAGGGACCUCCCCCUAAAAAUAUGUGUUCAGAUUCUAACCCUUGUGCCUAUAAAUAUAACUGUGUUUGUAAAUAGGAGUUUCUUUAGUUAUGUUAAUGAAGUAUCACACCAGAGUAGGGUGGGUCCUGAACCUAAUCACUCCUGAAUUAUAAAAAGAGCAGAAUAGACACACAGAGAAGAGACAGACAUCAAGAAAUGUCAAGGAACUCCAAGGAUUGCUGGCAGCAACUAGAUGCUGAAAUAGCCAAAAAAAAAAAAAAAAUACUUCCACCUAGAGACAUGCCCUGAAUUGAGUCUAGCCUCCAGAACUGUGGAAAAAUAAAUUUAUGUUCUUUAAAGUGACCUAUUUGAGGUAUUUUUGUUAUGGCAGCUCUAGGUACCUAAGACAGUGCAUGUGUAUGGAGGA